UGCCUAAACUAAAACGCGAACGAAACAAAAAGCUAGAACCGUUGGGCAGUUUAACCAGUUGGUGCGCGGCGCUCGAACGCGACGGUAUAGAAAGGAUAUCUAUUGGUUGGCGGUGAAAUGAAAAACGGAUUGUGAAAAAGUGUACGUUUCCUCAAAUUGAACUAGAAAUCAACCAGAAAAGGUUAGCAGCCAAAAAUUCGUGCGAAACGACAGUGACAUUUUUCGCAGAUAACUUUCUGCGGUUUACUUUAAUAAUCUUCUAAUUAUCUGAAUAAUAAGUAAUUUUAAUAUUAAAAUCCGACGAAAAUUGGAGCGGUUCGUUGAGCCAACUUUAUCAUCAUCAUGACAGAUAAUAACUCUCAUCCUUUGGAUAAGUUUUGUGGCUCAAAAUUUUGGGAUUCAAAUGAGACGUGGUGGACUAGUGAUCCAGAUUUUACAAAGUGCUUCGAAAAGACUGUGCUUGUGUGGGGUCCAUGCGCGUUUCUAUGGGUGUUCUGUAUAUUUGAUUUUUACUACCUAAAAGCAAGCUUAGAUAAAAAUAUACCAUGGAAUAAAUUAAACAUAAGCAAAUUAGUGAUUAUGGGUGCUUUACUUAUACUUUCGGCUACUGAUUUUAUAAUGGCUUUGGUGAAAAACGGUGACGAGUCAACUACGGCUUUAAUCAAUGCAGUUGAUAUUUGGUGUCCUGUUAUAAAAUUUGUCACUUUUCUAUUAGUGUUCAUUUUUAUACCUUUAAAUCGCAAAUAUGGUGUGCAGACUUCGGGUACACAAUUUCUUUUCUGGUUCCUGUUGGUGAUAUUUUCAAUACCACAGUGUCGCACCGAAGUACGAGCCAAAAAUGAGCGGAAUAAUGUAUUAAAUUCCAAUGUGGAUGACAAACCCGAUUAUUCAUGGGAUGAAUAUAAUUAUGUGAGUUACAUGAUCUACUUCGCUUUUUCAUGCGCAAUGCUUUUGCUGAACUGUUUCGCCGAUGCCAUGCCAAGGGAAACAAAAUAUAAACGUACUAAUAAUGAAAUACCUGAGAGCUCUGCUAGUUUUCUCUCUCGUAUUACAUAUCAAUGGUUCGACUCUAUGGCAUGGAAAGGUUACCGUAAUCCAUUGGAAGAUAAAGAUCUUUGGGAUUUGCGUCCACAAGAUAGCUGUAAAGAAGUUAUGCCAAUUUUUGCACACUACUGGAAUAAAAGCGUUCGCAAAAACUAUAAAAGUCAAACACCACCACAACCGAAAGCACAAUAUAGCAACGGUAAAGUUGAAUUUGAGAAUCCUCACGGACGUUCUGGUGGUAAGAAAAAGGUUACCUCAAUCAUGCCACCAAUUAUUAAAUCAUUUGGUGGUGUUUUCUUGCUCGGCGCACUCAUGAAAUUUAUUUGCGAUGUACUGACAUUCGCGCAGCCACAAGUGCUAAGUUUGAUCAUAAGCUUCGUACAAGAUUACUCUGAGGAUAGCGUUGAAAAUCAGCCGGAAUGGAAGGGUAUUUUAUACGCUAUAUUACUUUUUGUCACAGCUGCUGCACAAACCUUUAUAUUGGGGCAAUAUUUCCAUCGUAUGUUCGUUGUUGGUCUACGUAUACGUACUGCGCUUAUAAAUGCUAUCUACCGGAAAGCUUUAGUUAUUUCCAAUGCGACACGUAAAGAAUCGACAGUUGGCGAAAUUGUUAAUUUGAUGGCUGUAGAUGCACAACGUUUUAUGGAUUUGACUACAUAUUUGAAUAUGAUUUGGUCAGCACCGUUACAAAUUGCUUUGGCUAUGUACUUUUUGUGGCUGCAACUGGGUCCAUCUGUGCUGGCCGGUUUGGCUGUAAUGAUCAUUUUGAUUCCUAUCAAUGGUGUUAUUGCGAACCGUAUUAAAGUUUAUCAAAUCAGGCAAAUGAAGUAUAAGGAUGAACGUGUUAAACUGAUGAACGAAGUUUUGGGUGGCAUAAAGGUUCUUAAAUUAUACGCCUGGGAGCCAAGUUUCGAAAACCAAGUGUUGCAAAUUCGUGAAAAGGAAAUCGCGACUUUGAAGGCAUCUGCGUAUUUGAACGCAGGUACUUCCUUCCUGUGGUCAUGUGCGCCGUUUCUGGUGUCAUUGGUCACAUUUGCUACAUAUGUUUUAAUUGAUGAAAACAAUGUUCUCGAUGCAACUAAAAUAUUCGUUUCAUUAUCAUUAUUCAACAUUUUGCGUUUUCCAUUAAUAAUGUUGCCCAUGUUGAUAACCAACAUGGUACAAACUCAAGUUUCUGUGAAACGUAUAAACAAGUUCUUGAAUAGCGAGGAAUUGGAUCCAGACAGUGUACAACAUGAUCCCAAGGAGGCCGAUCCUUUGGUAAUCAGAAAGGGCGUCUUCUCUUGGGGUGAGGGCGAUGAAACUUUGAAAAAUAUCGAUAUGACUGUGAAGAAAGGUACGCUAUGUGCUGUUGUAGGCACUGUUGGCUCCGGUAAGUCCUCACUCAUCCAGGCACUACUUGGCGAGAUGGACAAGUUAUCGGGUCGUGUCAAUACUGUCGGCUCUAUUGCUUAUGUGCCGCAGCAAGCUUGGAUACAAAAUGCCACCUUGCGCGAUAACAUUCUCUUUGGUUUGGAAUAUGAUCGUAAACGUUAUAAUCGUGUCGUCGAUGCUUGUGCUCUGCGCGCUGAUAUUGAUAUGUUGUCGGCGGGCGAUCAAACGGAGAUUGGCGAAAAAGGUAUUAAUUUGUCUGGUGGUCAGAAACAGCGUGUUUCUCUGGCGCGUGCUGUUUACAGUAAUGCCGAUUUAUAUCUACUUGAUGAUCCCUUGAGUGCUGUUGAUUCACAUGUGGGUAAACAUAUUUUCGAGGAAGUAAUUGGACCGAAUGGUCUGCUGGCGAGGAAGACGCGUGUCUUGGUUACGCAUGGCAUAACAUUCUUGCCGCAAACGAAUAAUAUAUAUGUUAUGAAAUUGGGUGAGAUUAGCGAAAGUGGUACUUAUCAGGAGCUGUUGGCGCGUAAAGGUGCUUUCGCCGAAUUCAUUAUACAACAUUUGCAAGAGUCUACAGAAGAAGUUGAGGAUUUAGAUGAGAUUAAACAGCAGCUCGAGGUCACAGUUAAAUCAGAAGAGCUAUUGGGCACAUUCGAAAAAGUCAUAUCUUUAGCGCGCACGGAAAGUUUGUCAGACUCUGUCUCUGUAAAAUCGUUUGACAGCAGUAAAGGCAGUUUGCGUCGACGCAAAAUGGGUCGACAAGAUUCUGAAAUCUCAGCAAUUUCACAAGUAUCACAGAAAAAGACUGACGUAGACGAGGGUAAACUAAUUGAAACUGAGAAAUCUGAAACUGGUGGCGUGCAACUAGCCGUUUACAAGCAUUAUAUCAAGAGUGUUGGUGUUUUCCUCUCACUUGCUACACUAUUUUUGAACUUUGUUUAUCAAUCAUUUUCAAUCGGUUCCAACUUGUGGUUGACUCGAUGGUCGAAUGACAAAGCUGUUGAGAAUGACACUAGUCUGCGUGAUAUGUAUUUGGGUGUUUAUGGUGCCUUCGGUUUCGGACAAGGCUUGCUUGCCUAUUUCGCCGUCGUCAUCGUCUAUGUAGGCACACUCAGGGCAGCCACGUCGCUACAUAAUGAUCUGCUGAAAAUAAUAAUGCGUGCAUCCGUUUGUCGGUUCUUCGAUAUAACGCCAUUAGGACGUCUAUUGAAUCACUUCAGCGGCGAUAUGGAAGUUAUCGAUGAAGAAUUGCCCGGCACACUGGAUAGUUUUCUCACAAUUGUAUUUACGGUUUUGGCCACUAUUGUCGUUAUUAGCAUGUCGACGCCAAUUUUCUUGGCUGUCAUUGUGCCCAUAGCGCUUUUGUAUUAUUUCGCACAACGUUUCUAUGUCGCGACUUCACGGCAACUCAUGCGUUUGGAAUCCGUCUCACGUUCGCCAAUUUACACGCACUUCAGCGAAACAAUUACCGGCGUAACGACUAUACGCGCUUACACUGUACAAGAUCGUUUCAUUGAUGAAUCCGAUAAUCGUGUCGACAAGAAUCAAGUGUGCAAAUAUCCUUCAUUGAUUGCGAAUCGUUGGCUCGCUGUACGUCUGGAAAUGGUUGGUAAUCUAAUUAUACUUUUCGCUGCACUCUUCGCCGUUUUGGGUGGUCAAUCGAAUCCCGGUCUUGUUGGUCUAUCCGUAAGUUAUGCGCUGCAAGUUACGCAAACACUCAAUUGGUUGGUGCGCAUGUCUUCGGAUAUUGAGACGAAUAUUGUUGCUGUGGAGCGUAUUAAGGAGUAUGGUGAGACGAAACAGGAAGCUCCAUGGGAAUUGGAAAACUCCAAGGUGCCACGCGAUUGGCCCAUGCAAGGUCAAGUUGUUUUUGAGAAUUUCAAAGUACGUUAUCGUGAGGGUCUGGAUUUGGUAUUGCGCGGCAUCAGCUUUAGCAUCGCUGGUGGUGAAAAAGUCGGUAUUGUGGGUCGCACAGGUGCAGGCAAAUCGAGUUUAACACUGUCUCUAUUCAGAAUCAUCGAGGCAGCUGGAGGACGCAUUCUCAUUGACGGUGUAGACAUCGCCACAUUGGGUCUGCAUAUGCUGCGCUCACGACUCACAAUCAUACCCCAAGAUCCAGUAUUAUUCUCCGGCACAUUACGUAUCAAUUUGGAUCCUUUCGAAGUGAAAUCAGACGAUGAACUGUGGAAAGCAUUGGAAUUGUCGCACUUGAAGUCAUUCGUUAAAACACUGCCAGCUGGUCUGAACCAUGAGAUCAAUGAAGGCGGUGAGAAUUUAUCGGUAGGACAGCGACAGCUAGUGUGUUUGGCGCGAGCUCUCCUGCGUAAGACGAAAGUUUUGGUGUUAGAUGAAGCCACAGCUGCUGUCGAUUUGGAGACUGAUGAUUUGAUACAGAAAACUAUUCGGUCGGAGUUCACAGAAUGCACUGUACUAACGAUUGCCCACCGUUUGAAUACAAUUAUGGACUCCGAUAAGGUGGUAGUAUUGGAUAAGGGUGAAAUCACUGAAUUCGCCUCGCCCACAGAACUAUUGGAUAAUCCAAAAUCUGCAUUCUACAGCAUGGCCAAGGAUGCCAAUUUAGUGUAAAUUUAUUAUUUAGUUAUUCGUUUUGAAGAAUUUGCGUUCAAGCUCGUGCAGAUUAAAGUUAACAUUAUUGCGUCAGUAUAGUACUUAUUUACAUAAAAAAAUUAAAACAAUAAAUAAAAUAAUACAAAGCAAUCACGAAAAUAAAAACAAACAUAAACAUAUACAAAAAAAAAAAAAAAAACAAAACGAACAAGAUGCAUAAAUGUGUACUCGUGUGUGCAUACAUACACAAUACUAAGCCAAUUCAUGCCUGAGUUUGCAAAUGAUUUUGUAAAACUAAACUUCUAAUGCUGCUAAUUUUGUUUUUAUUUGUUCUUACGCAUAAAUUUGUAUGUAGUGUGUGCUCAGCUUGUGUUUAAGUAUACAACCCAUUUCAUAUUUUAUAUGCAUGUAGUUCUUAUAAAAGUUUCACUGCUUGAAACAACUCACAAUCACAAUACCACAAAUAUACACACUGUAUAAAUCAACGGCCAGUUAAUAUAAAGAGAUUGAAACAUUUACAGUUAUUGUUUAACAUAUUUAUAACAGCGUUACUUAUAUAUAUACCUUAUUUAAUUUCCUUAUACUCAUAUGUAAAUGAGGUAAUUAACUUGUCAACUUGUAUUUCUCUCAAUUCAAGCGCGCGGCAUUCGGAUGAAAAGCCAAAUUUAAAGAAAUAAUAACCAUGUGAUAACUGAUGUAGCUAAAUUUCAGUUUCUGAAACUACCUCACGUUGCACCAUUUAAGCAAACAGAUAAUUAUAAAUAACAGAAUUUUUAUAACUAUUACAUUGCAAUUGCGUUACAUACAUAAUUUGUUCAUAUUGUAAGAUUUAAUGUUAACGUCGCACUUACGAGUACUUACUUAUAUACAUACUUACAUAUAUUUUCAUGCAAACGGUUUAUGAUUUUGACUAUAUAUAUAUAUAUAUAGUGUGUAUAGUGUGACUACUUUUAUUGUCUUUAAUUAUGUUUUGCAAAUAAAUAAAUUUAAUUCCAUAAAUAAAUAUAAAAGUAAAUGUAAGGUGUACUAUUUUAUAAAAAUAAAUAUGUAACUAUCAUAGGUUAAUAGAAAACUAAUGAAUUUUGUAAAAAAAAAAUGAUAAUAAUAAUAAUUGUGCAUAAAUGCAGUUGGCCUUCUGAUACUUAACAUCAUGGAAUUAAAUUAGUUGUACGAUAUUUUUAAAUUUUAGGCAUUCUUUAGCAUAAUGCAAAAGCUGUAAGUGUAAUAAUGUAUACAUUUUUUGUAUUAUUGCCACAUAAUGAUAAUAAAGCAAGUUAUACACAAAAGUACAAAUUAA